GAAGAAGCCUAAAAAGUUCUUAUCGUCGUCUUCUUCUUUCUCACUGAUACUGUUUACUCUCUCUCUCUCUCUCUCUCUCUCUCUCUCUCUCUUUGAGAGUUCAGUAUACACUAAAGAAAGGCCAAAUCCAAUGGCUUGCGAAGCAGAGGAUGAAAGCCCUAGAUUCUUUGUAGCAGUGCACGUAGGUGCAGGAUAUCACGCGCCUUCCAAUGAAAAAUCUCUCAGAUCCGCCAUGAAACGCGCUUGCCUCGCUGCUUCCUCUAUUCUCCGCAAGGGCUCUGGAAAAUGCUUGGAAGCUGUUUCCGCAGCUAUUCAAGUCUUAGAGGAUGAUCCUUGCACAAAUGCGGGUCGAGGCUCCAAUUUGACAGAAGAUGGUCGUGUAGAAUGUGAUGCCAGUAUUAUGGAUGGUCAUUCUGGGGCAUUUGGAGCUGUUGGCGCAGUGCCAGGUGUUCAAAAUGCGAUCCAGAUUGCUGCUUUAUUGGCCAAGGAGCAAAUGAUGGGAUCUCCUUUGUUGGGUCGAAUACCUCCCAUCUUCUUGGUUGGUGAAGGAGCCCGAACAUGGGCAAAGUCCAAGGGCAUUGCGUUGCCAGCAACUAUAGCAGAGGCUGAUGAGUGGCUGAUUACAGAAAGGGCAAAAGUACUGUGGAAAAAAUAUAAAGCAAUGGUUGGUGAUGCCGAAAAUAAGACCGAUAUUUCUGCCAUGGAACUAUCUUCUAGUCCUCAAGAGAUUGUUGCCAUUUUGGCUCAACCGGGUGAGACUUCAAGGGGGAAUGGGGGUGGUGAAUUUUCCAUAUCAAGUGCUUCAGAGGAGGAUUGCAUCAUGGACACUGUUGGAGUUAUUUGUAUCGACGCUGAAGGUCACAUAGCAUCUGGGGCCUCAAGUGGUGGUAUUGCACUGAAGGUUGGUGGGCGUGUGGGACUAGCAGCAACGUAUGGUUCAGGUUGUUGGGCAUCCUCAAAAGGCCCCUUUGGAGCUCCAUUUAUAGUUGGUUGCUGUGCUACUGGUGCAGGAGAAUACCUCAUGAGAGGUUUUGCAGCUCGGGAGUGCUGUGUCUCAUCAUCAAUUUCACAGGUUGGUCCUGCCUCUGCUUGCAUGAAAGUGUUGCGCUCUGUUAUUAACGAGAGCAGACAGCAUGGUGCUGAUAUAAGUGCUGGGAUUCUACUUGUGCAAGCUGAUGCUCCUAUAUUGGUUCCAGGAAAUUCAGCAAAGCUGAAAGCUAUAGAGAUUGCGGCUGCUUACUCUUCCUUGUCUUUUGGAAUUGGAUAUUUUGGAAACUCUAUGGAACGGCCCAAGGUUUCAAUUCUUAGGAGUACAAAACAACAAAACAAAUCCGGGAUAGACCAUUUUGAAGCACGAAUUGAUCUUGCAUGUGAAAAAUUGAGGUGACUGCUUUCCUUCUUCAGGUUUGUCAUGUUCUUUUUUUCAAUGAAGAACAGGGCAACCUUGUUCAUAUUCGGAAUUGACAAAAAAGAUCACCAUCUGCUGUUUCCUAUUAGUGAUAAUGGUAAUUCCAAAGAUCCCGAUUGCUGCUUCACAUGGUCCUGCCUUCAGUGGAAACACAACACUAGCGAGUAGUGACUGAGAAUUAAGAGUCUAGCACAGGUGCUAAGAAGGCUCUAAAAUUGACUGCAAAUUGAUAACGUUGUUCACAAAUAAUUGUAUUGUGCCAAAGUUCAAUCAAUGGAUUAAAGAAUUUUGCUAAAAAUGACUUAUAUCUUUUAGUAUUAAUUUAAAGUUAGUUGUACCGACUCUGAAAUUGUUUGUUGCAAAUCUGCAAUUGUUAAAAUGAAUUGUUUGUUGCAAAUCUGCAAUUGUUAAAA